AAUGACAUAUAUAUAUAUAUAUCUUGGACUGAGGAAGAUGUGCCAAACAGCACAUUAUUCAGGUGGAUGAUCUUCAGUGGCGGGGCUCCAAACUGCAUACCUUGUAAAGAGACAUGUGAUAAUGUGGACUGUGGCCCUGGGAAGAAAUGUAAAAUGAACAGGAGGAGUAAGCCUCGCUGCGUCUGCGCCCCAGACUGCUCCAACAUCACCUGGAAGGGGCCGGUGUGCGGCUCAGAUGGGAAAACAUACCGAGAUGAAUGUGCCCUUAUGAAAUCCAAAUGCAAAGGGCACCCAGAUCUGGAGGUGCAGUACCAAGGCAAAUGCAAAAAGACGUGUCGUGAUGUCAUGUGUCCGGGAAGCUCGACUUGUGUGGUGGACCAGACAAACAACGCAUACUGUGUGAUGUGCAACCGCAUAUGCCCAGAGGUCACGUCUCCAGAUCAGUACCUUUGUGGCAACGAUGGGAUUGUUUACGCCAGCGCGUGCCAUUUAAGGAGAGCCACGUGCUUGCUUGGUAGAUCCAUUGGUGUGGCAUAUGAAGGGAAAUGCAUCAAGGCCAAGUCAUGCAAUGAUAUCCAGUGCAGCGUGGGGAAGAAGUGUCUAUGGGAUUCCAAGAUGGGACGCGGGCGCUGUGCAGUUUGCAUGGAGACGUGCCCAGAAAGUCGAUCGGAGGAGGCCGUGUGCGCCAGCGACAACACCACGUAUCCCAGCGAGUGCGCCAUGAAGCAGGCCGCUUGCUCUUUGGGGGUUCUCCUGGAGGUUAAGCAUUCAGGAUCUUGCAACUGUAAGUAAUAAAUCUUAAAAGACAAUCCAAUGCUGCCCCCAGCAACCACCUCCCCAAAACCUCCCACCCCUCCAAAUAAUGCCUCUUCAUUCCCUUGCUGCUGCUAAGAGUUAAGCUACAGAAAGGACUUAGGAUUGGAAGUUCUUUGCAUGUCCUCUUUGGCUGGCUUCAUUAAUUUAGCAUUUUCUUCAGAAGAAAAACAAAUGUUUAUUUAAAA